AGCCAUGGUGAAUGUGGGAACCAUGCGAGUAUUUGUUUAGUGAAUAAGAGAAAUAAAAAGAACAAAUUUGUAAAUUUUUUAUCAAAUAAAGACCCUAAAGUGAAUGAUAUCAAUGUAAAUAAUAUAAUUAUAUUAUGGCAAACUGAACGCAGGCAGCAUUUUUAAAUGAGGGAUAUGCCAGCAAAAUUAACAGGGGCCUUUUGUACCAUAUUGAUUAAAACAAGGGCCCAAUAACGGUAAAUAAUGAGAGUGGCAGAACGAGGUUAUGCGCUCAAGCAUAAAUAUAAGAAAACAGAGUUUAAAUGAGACUACGGAACAGAGCAAGCUUACAAAUCUCUGUUUCAAAUACUAGACUUCGCUUGAACUUGUGUUCAAUUCCCGCUAAAGAUAAUAUACUUGUAUGACAAUUCAGAGCACAAAACUACACUCAAUCUACUCGCCAUGCGUAAUGUUUUUGCUGGGUUAUUGCGAAUUCUUUUGCAAAUACUCGGACUUGCCAUUGCACAAUGGCCUUAUCUACAGUACGAUAUAAUUUUCUGUUUGCCGACAGCCUAUUUAUGUUUAUAAAUAACUUAACCGAUUUUCCAUUGUCAGUUGUAAAGAGUAUAAAGACCGCAUCGCAUCGACGUUAUCAAUUCGCAAUUUAUGGUUAGCGUUUCGCAGAAUUUCCAAUUCUGUCGUGCUGUGCGCUUGCACUUAGCUCUCUUAGUUAUUGUUCUUACUAAAUAUAUUUUCACUCGUAAAACGCUUUGCUAUUGAUCAGUUGCUCGUUAGCCGGUGAACUAAAAGAAUGUCGGCGUUUGCAUUUUUAAUAGCCGUGCUGUUGGCGUUGCUCUCUUUUAUUUACUAUUUGCUGCAACGGCGCAUGAAUUAUUGGCGCUACCGAGGCAUACCGCACGAUGCGCCACACUUUUUCGCCGGCAACUUGAAGGGUUUGAUGAAAACGCGCAGUUUCGCCGAAAUUUUGCGUGAAAUAUACACACAUCAUCGCGGUUCGGGUCCUUUCUGCGGCUAUUAUUUGUUUCAACGCCCCGCCGUUUUGGUGUUGGAUCGAGCGCUCAUUAAAAGCAUACUCAUCAAGGAUUUCAGUAAUUUUGCCGAUCGCGGCAUUUUCCACAACGAAAAGGAUGACCCGCUCACCGGCCAUCUCUUUCGCUUGGAUGGUAAACAAUGGCGCGGAUUGCGUAAUAAGCUGACACCAACCUUCACUUCGGGCAAAAUGAAAUUCAUGUUUCCCACGAUAUUGAAGGUGGCCGAUCAGCUGAUGGUCGCCGUUGAGAAACGCUUGGCCAGCGACGAGCAUGUGUGGGACUGGAAGGAGAUGAUGGCAUGUUUCACCACCGAUGUGAUUGGCAACUGCGCUUUUGGCAUCGAAUGCAACAGCCUGCAAGACCCCAAUGCGGAGUUUCGUGUUAUGGGACGCAAGCUAAUUGGGUCGCGUCGGCACGGGCCACUUAUUAACGCCUUCAUUAAUAGUUUUCCGAAUAUGGCGCGUCGUCUACGUAUGGCCAUAAUGCCGCAGGAGAUUACAGACUUCUUUUUGCGCAUCGUGCGUGAGAAUAUCGAAUAUCGUGAGCGUAAUGGGGUGCACGGCAAUGACUUUAUGAGUAUUUUGAUGGAACUCAAUAAGGGUAAACACUUGAAGAGCGAAAACGAUCAGUUGCGCGCGUUGAGUGUGAGCGAGAUGACAGCACAGGCAUUUGUGUUUUUCGUUGCCGGUUUUGAGACCUCGUCCACAACAUUGGCAUUUGCGCUGUACGAAUUGGCAUUACAAACCGAUUUACAAGAGCGUCUGCGUAAAGAGAUCGAGGAGACUAUACAGCGGCAUAACGAUGAGUUCACCUAUGAGUGCAUGGAAGACAUGCAAUAUAUGAAACAGGUGCUCUCUGAGACUCAGCGGAAAUAUCCGAUUGCACCGAAUUUGAUGCGUCAAGCGGCUGCUGAUUACGUGGUGCCCGGCCAUCCCAAAUAUGUGAUCAGGAAGGGCAUGAUGGUCACCAUACCCACAAUUGGCAUACACUACGACCCGGAAAUUUAUCCGGAUCCCGAGAAAUUCGAUCCGGAACGUUUCUCCGUGGAGGCGGUGAAAUUACGCGACUCUGUCGAUUGGCUGCCCUUCGGCGACGGUCCGCGAAAUUGUAUUGGCAUGCGCUUCGGCCAAAUGCAAAUGCGCGUCGGCUUAACUUAUUUGCUGCGUCGGUAUAAAUUUACACCUUGCGCACAGACGCAAAUUCCAAUGGAGUUCCAGAAGACUUUCCCCUUGUUUCCGCAAGGCGGCAUUCAUCUGAAGGUUGAGCCAAUAGAAACACGCACGUAAUGCACUGACAUACAUACAUACUUAUUUAUAUUUAAGUCCACAUGCGUACUUAAGCCAUUAUACAUACAUAUGUACAUGCAUAUAUACACAUAUUUUUAUAUACAUACAUACAUACAUAUAUUUACAUUUAUACUCGUAAAAUUGUUAUACCAGCGCUUAUUCGUUUAUGGUUGUUAAGUAACGGUAAUAAUUCCAACUUUGUCAAUUAAAUUCUCAUUUCGACUAGUCAAAAUGUCAGCUGAUCUAAAAGUAUAGAAUAAAAGGUUGUUUGAAAUAAAUUAA